AAUGUGUCAAUGCAGCAGCAAGCAGCAGGUGAAGUCGGACGGUUCUGUUUGAGCAAAACGUGCAAUUUAUCGACGGAUUAAUUCGGGCCACUGAUAUUUUUAAAAUUGUGACAACUAAUUGACAGGCUGCCUCACGUUUCUCUUAAAUUUCCGCCUUGUCGUGGGAGGGAGCCGAGAGUCAGUUGGCCGACUCGCUCCGUUCCGCUAUCCCGGGCAGCAGUGGUGUCUGCAACCUGUACUCCGAAACAUGUGUCAGCUGAUUUUUAUUGCUGCUUUCUUUGCGUAACAAGGAACAGAGAAGUUUCAUAUGGAUUCUAAAGAUCUACUGCAGGACCUGCACUUCCAGCUGUCAAAUGCUGGCAGUGGUUGUUUUAUUCAAUUCAGAGAAAAUAAGAUUGUGCGAAGAGACCACUUACAGUUAGACAUUGAAGAUCGAACAAUAAUGACUGAAAAAUGGGUGGCACAGGUUGAGAGGCAUAAUAGACAAAGAAGUUUAAGUGUUGACAGCUACUUUGGUGCUGUUUCAAUCUGCGAUAAACUGAAGAAAAGCUUCUUGAAACCAUGUAUAGUGUCAGACAAUGACUUAGAAGAUUUGCGAGUAAGAAUUGCUCAAAUUAGAUUGGAAGAUUCUGACUGUAACAUAGUUUCUGAUCAGAAUAAUUUAGGCCCUCCCACUGAUAAUUAUAAUCAGAAUUCCAAUAAUUUCUUAUUACCAGAAAGUCGGCCCCUCGUACCAAGAUUCAGAUCAAAAACUGUACCAUUCCUUGAUUUUGGUCCUAGUAGAUUAAAUGAGGAGAACAUUGGCCUUUUAAAAAGUACUGAGAAUUUGUGCCAAAAUUUUUGUGCUAUGCAAUCUGUAGAUUUGAUCAAAGACAUCCUUUUUGAUGAGAAUCGAAAUGUGAUAUCUUGUCAAGAUUGUCAGACUAAUAGUAAUUCUAAACCUGAAAUUGGAGUAAAGUCGUCAAGUUUAAGAGAAAGCAUAAUUCCAUGCCCUAAUCAACUCGUGGAGAUAAAACCUGCAAAGGUUGAAGAAAAGUCAAGUUUUAGAUGUGAGAGCUUAUUUCCACACUCUGAUGAACUCAAGAGAAAGGGAAAUAAAAAAAUCAGCCCUAAUAAGAUUGUUGGAUGCUAUGAAAAUGUAGAAAGCUACUUAAAAACUCAGUUUGACCUGCUUAGAGAGGAUUUUAUUCGACCUUUAAAGGAGGGCAUUGCAGAUUAUCAAUACCAACGCAUCAAGACCGGUGUUAUUCCAAAUGAAGUUAAAAAUCUGAAUCUCCAUCAUGAUGUGCGUGUCAUAGAACCUCGCAUUAGGGAUAACAAACUGGGUAUUGCCAUAGACAUGGGAUUCCCCCUGAGUGAGAAAAUUGGAGACAAGAAUUUCAUGGAAGGUUCCCUUGUUCUUUUAACACCAAAUCAUUUUAAAGAUAUAUUUGUAGGAACAGUUUUGUUUCGCCAAUUUUUACCAAGAUCAGUUCAAAGAAUUGAACGUAAUGGACGGCCUCUCAGAAGGAAUAGAGGAAGAAAGUCGAAUAUAUUGAUUGUUCAACUUCAUGCAGUAAGUCACUUUCUACCAGGCUUCAGACGCCAAAAAUUUAUGCUAGCAGAAUCACAGGCCUUCUUUCAACCCUUUUAUUAUGUGAUGAAAAUCUUUCAAGGCAUGACUAAUGAAGAUGUACCAAUGCAAGAACAUAUCAUCGGCUCUGAAAUUAAAUGUGAUGUUGGUUCCCCAUCCUAUCUAGGGAAAAACACUGAGUAUUUUCUUGAAAAUGCUGUGAAGUUAAAAGUGUUGGAGGAUGAUUGGCCAAGUGCUGAAGUACUGAAUGUUAAUGAUUCUCAACUGGUUGCAUUGAAGAAAGCCUUAUGUAAUAAGCUUGUUCUAAUUCAAGGUCCCCCUGGAACUGGGAAGACAUAUUUGGGAUGUAAAGUAGCCAAAGCUCUUCUUCAGAAUAGACAAGUUUGGAACAAAGAAGGGAAUCAACCAAUGCUAUUGAUGUGUCAAACAAAUCAUGCGUUAGAUCAGUUCAUGGAGCUCUUAAUACCUGUUUCUAAAAAACUUAUGAGGAUUGGAUGUCAGUCAAAAAGUGCCAUUCUAGCUCCAUACAAUAUACGAGAAUGGCUGAAGAAGGGACGUCGUAAAACAGCUCCUGAUGCUGCUAAACAAAGGAAUGAAUUGAAAUCUGUAGGUAGUAAUGUACGAGCUUGUCAUGCAGAACUUAGUAAAGUAGCAUCUCAUGGAAUUUUAAACUUACAAACACUUGUUAGUUUUGGAGUUGUUGAUACCAAAUUUUCUGAGUGUUUCAUCAAUCCAGCAAAUUUUCUGAUGUGGCUUGAAGAAGAACAUUACUCUGAGCCACCAGACUGCAGUGUGAAAAGAGUGUGCUCCUGUGCAAAAAUGGAAAUGAAAUGCUAUAAGCACAGUGAGGAGACUGCACUUUUAUCAAAGGAGAAUGCAGAAGAUAUGAAGUGCCUUUUUCUCCAAUCUGACAAUAAUCAAACUGAACCAAAUAUUGUGAAAGGUGUUCCAUUUGAAUAUGUCUUGAACUUACAUGAUCUCGAGAUGUAUCUAAAAGAAAAGAAAAUUGAAAGCAAAAUGGCAGGUGCCCACGAAAGUGGACUGUGCAACUCAAGCAUAAUAUUGGAAGAUAGAAUUAAUUUUUUUCAAAAAAAAAUGAUGAAACGAAAUACUGCUUACAGUCCACCUGUUGGUUUUGAGUGCCUUUGGGUUCUUUCACCAAAUGACCGUUGGUCUUUAUACAGGUAUUGGGUGCGGCACCUGGAGAGAACCUUACAGGAGCAUCUUGAGUUAUUAGAGACUCAUUAUAUGUCACUGUCUUCUGCAGUAGAUCAAUCAAAGCAACUUGAGAAAUUGGAAGCAAUGCGACAGGCAGAGCUUGUUGGAAUGACAACAUCAGCUGCUGCCAGAUUGUAUCCAGUAUUGCGUGAACUUCACUGUCCAAUAGCUCUUGUGGAGGAAGCUGCUGAGGUCCACGAAAGUCAUAUUGUGGCAACAAUUACAAAACAUUGUCAACAUUUGAUCCUUCUUGGAGACCACAAGCAGCUCAGGCCGCGGCCAGCAUCUUAUGCUUUAUCAAAGACCCAUUUCACAGAUGUUUCACUGUUUGAGCGUUUAGCUCUUAACAAGACAGUCCCCAUCAACACACUGCUUACUCAGCAUCGGAUGCAACCUCAAAUAUCUGCCUUGAUAAGACCUAGUAUAUAUGCCGAACUAGGUGAUCAUCAAUGCACUAAGAAUAGAGAUCAUGUACUAGGCCUUAAAAAAAAUGUUUUCUUUUUCUCACAUUUCUGGCAUGAGUGUAAGAAUCUCCUUACAGGUAGCUACAGAAAUUCUGAAGAAGCCAAAAUGGCUGUACAGCUUGCUAGGUAUCUAAUAAAGCAUAAGUACACCACAGAUGAAGUUUGCAUUUUAACUGCAUACCGGGAACAAAUUUCUACUAUUGAAGCAAACUGCAUGCUUUAUCCAGAACUAGAAAAUCUAAGAGUAUUGACAGUCGACAAUUUUCAAGGAGAAGAAUGUAGGAUUGUUAUCCUGUCUUUAGUGCGUAAUAACUGUGAAAAUCAAAUAGGUUUCCUCAAAAUUAAAAACCGCGUAUGUGUAGCACUUUCUCGAGCACGGGAUGGUCUCUUUAUGUUAGGAAACAUUGAUCUGUUGUCUCGUAACAGUGAACUAUGGUCGUUGGUUCACAGAACAUUGCUACAGAAUGAUUCUGUUGGUCAUUCAUUUCCCCUGGGCUGUAGUCGACAUCCUGAGAAAACAAAAUUGGUUUCUUGUGCUGAUGAAUUUUCAUAUUACUUAGAGUCUGGAGGUUGUCAGCUAACUUGUAUGUUUAGGUUGGUCUGUGGUCACUUCUGCAGAAAGAAAUGCCACCCAGAUGAUAGGCUACACCUAUCACUUAGGUGCCAGGAAGCCUGCCAAAGAACCUGCCCCUCUGGCCAUAAGUGUAGCAAAAAAUGCUGUGAUGAUUGUGGAGAUUGUGACAGCAUUGUGUGGAAACUCCUUCCAUGUGGCCACAAAGCUUUGAUUAAAUGCAGUUUGGACAUCGAUAAUUAUCGUUGUGGGAUUCCUAUCAAAAAGCGUAUGGAACCAUGUUCGCAUUCUCUCUUUUUGCAAUGCUGGAUGCCUCCUAUUGGUCGGAAAUAUUGCCCAGAUCAAUGUCAAUCCGUACUCAAAUGUGGUCACAGAUGUCCUUUGAGAUGCAACUCCAUUAAGCACCCCAAUCAUGAUGAGAUGAAAUGUAAGUGUGAAGACACAUCCAAUUUCUACAAUUACAGAAAUAUUGGCAAAGUCCAAAGCCACACAUGAUGUUAAUAUUGAUUUCUGGAACUCAAGAAGAUAAGUGUUUUUUUAUAAACAGCGAUGUUUCGUUCUUAUCCUGAUUUAGUUAAUUAUAAUUCUUACUACCUGUCACUCCUACUGUUCAUUUGAUGAUAAAUUCUUGAAAGUGUAGGGAGAUGUUCUUACGAAUUUUAUUUGUUGUUUACUGAAUUUUAUCAUCACAUUUUCUAAUUUAAUCAAGAAAUAUGUGAUGUAAAAAUUAUCUUAAUCUUUGCAUAGCAAAUUAAAAUUGAAACUAUUCAUGUGAUAUGAAAGAUGUGUAAUGUAAAAUAAAGAACAUUAGUAUGUAGCA